UAUCGACAUUAUCGUACAAAAAUCUAAUAUUUUCAUUUCACACAGCAAUCAUUAAAGAUUGAAAAUAUAUCUGAUCAUGUUGGAAAUUUGUCAGAAGAAACACAUGCUAUUGGGAUUAACACUGCUUGUGGCCCUGACUGUAUGUGUUCUUAUAAUAGAAUCGCGCUUAGAUAUAAGUGGUCCCGCUCGAAAACCUCAAUUUGUUAUUGAAAAUAAUUCGACAUGUUGGUUACGAGAAAAAUACUCAGUAAUACAGGAAUGUCACAAAUGUUCCGAGUUCGACUUGGUGAGUCGAAGUUUGGGAGUAUGUGUUCAUACGAAAUAUAAAGAAGUCCUACGCUGUAAUGACAGUGGAGAAAUCGUCAUUAAGAGCUGCGAUAGGAUUGUAGCCAUUGACCAGAAGAACUUUGUGCAUUUUGAAGUUUGUUGCUUCGUCUUUGGCCUUUUCACGUACUUUCUGUCAUUUGCUCGUCAUCGAAUUUUAUCAAGACGUACCCAUCAAAAACUGGAGCGACAACUCAAUCGAACUUAAGAUGAUGGAUGUUAGGUAUUUUAUACAGCAUUGGAGGAUACACAAAUUCAGUCCUAGAUCUUAAAAUAAGGUUCAUGUUGACUUCUAUAAUUAAUGCAACCAUAAAUUAGUCUUAUUUAUUGUAUUCCAUAAAAAAAUAAUGUUUAGACAUUUAUGUCAGCAUAAUCUGUCGAAAAUAAACAAAUAAAAUGUACAUAUACCAACAA